UUGUCGUGGGUGGUUUAUCUGCAACUGAGAACAAACAACAGAGUAUCAUUAACAAGCUCUUUUUUUUAAGGCGGAGCUGGAGGUUCAAGUUUCUCUCUUAUUAUUCCACUAAAACACCGCAAAGGUGCCAAAACCAGCAGAAUGGCCACAGCGCAGUCGGUGUUGCUGCUAGCAGUGCAUAUUCUGCUGAUCUCAGAGUUCAUCCUGGCCAAGAGGGACUACUACGACAUACUGGGGGUGCCUAAAGAUGCAACUGAACGCCUGAUCAAGAAGGCCUUCCAUAAGCUGGCCCUGAAGUACCAUCCUGACCGAAACAAGAGCCCAGACGCCGAAGCCAAGUUCAGGGAGAUAGCGGAAGCGUAUGAGACGUUAUCAGAUGAUAAGAGGAGGCAAGACUACGACCAGUUUGGCCACGGCCCGUCACCAGGGGGGAGCCGAGGAGGAGGAGGAGGAGGAGGAGGAGACUAUAACUUUAAGCAGCACUACCAGUCCUUCAACUUUGAUGACAUUUUCAAAGACUUUGACACUUUUGGUCAGCGACACCAACACCACUUUCACUCCCACUCCCAAAAUCAAGCCCACCAAAAGAGACAGUUUGACAGCCACUUUCAGGCCCAUCGGGGGGCUAUGAACAGACCGAAGAGACCGUUUCAGGAGGGGGGCUUCGGUGGAGGACUCUUUGAUGACAUGUUUGAGGACUUGGAGAAGAUUUUCUCCUUUAACACACACAGUUCCAGGACUGACAGCAGAUACCAUGGCUCUGGGAAGCAGCAGUGCAGGACAGUGACCGAGCGUAGGGGCAACAUGGUGACUACCUUCACAGAAUGCUCCUGAGACCAGCAGAAAAUGUCGCUCUACCGAGGGCAGCCACUUAGGACAUUGUUGGUUUUUUAAAUUGUGGUUUUGGAAUUUAAUGCCAAUUUAUCCCUUUGGUGGAAUAGAGGAUGGUUUUCGUGUGGCUUUUGUAAUUUUCUGUAUGUAAAUUCCUCCAGGAACAAAUAUCCAAGCUGACCUGAUGCUCAUAGCGCAGUAAUUAGCUUUCAAGGUGCAUUAUGUUUACUUAUGAUGGUGCAAUCUAUAUAAGACUCAGGUAUGGCCUAAGGUUAAAAGAUAAUUGGAAUUUAAAAUAAUUUCCUUUUUAAAGGAAAGAGGCAAUAAGAUAUAUUAAAACACCACAGGAACAUUCAUUCUGCAGCUAUUCAGGCCAUAAUGUUAUCAUGAACUCUACAACAUAAACCUUUUGCAUGUAAAACCAGGCUCAUCUAAGCAUAGUGUACUCUGAACAUGUAUUUUUUUUCUUUUGGUUUUUAUUAAUUAUCUUAAAGAUUGGCAAAAAUUACAGUUUCAUAAAUGUCAAUUCAUAGCACCUGCAUCAAAUAUUUCUGUGAAAAUGAAGCUCCACAUCCUGCGAUGUUGGCUAUUAUCAACAGUUACCUCGUUUUAGUUUCUUCCUACAGAGUUGCAUCUACCUUCACUAAGUCAGGGUAGGGAAUUCAAAUUAGUCCCAUGACAAAUGCUGGUAAACUUAGCCACAGGCAAAGUUUGUGUACUCUCUCAGCUGUUGUUUUGAUGAGUCAUCUGCCAGUCAAGCUAAACGGACUGAAGCGUUUUUCUGAACUGAUCACAAUGUGCAAUAUUUAGCACCUUUGCUCUUCAUGUUGCCUCUUUCAUAGACAGUGUUGUGUUAAUGUCAUUGCCUUAUGUCUGCACUUUGUGUGUGUGUGUGUGUGCACAUGUUUGUGUGUGUGUGUGUGUGUUUGUGUGUGCGCAGAGUGGCCUGAAUGUUGAUUGGUUGCAUAAUGCUUGGAGAAUGAAUAAAAAGUUUCAAGAGCAAA